AUGUCAGACUACGACUUUUACGCCGACGAACACUACGACAGCGACAUCGAAGAAGAAGAGCCCCAACCCAUACGCUGCCAUUAUGGAUUCGUUGACCGCAGCGUCAUUGCCGAGGACACCUUCAACGACCUUUUGGAGACCUACCUUCCACUCGGCGUAGAUUGGGAGGUCACCGAUGAGGCCUGGACUUUUCAUCUUACUGACCUCACCAUCACCUUCGCCAACGACUGGGACACCAGUAUCGGCGUCGAGGCGGAGAGCGAGAUCAUGGGUCGCACACGCGUCGAUAGUGUGCGAUCCGAGCUCAGAAGCAUCGUGCAUGCUUCUCUAAUGGACCCAUCCUGGAGCACAGUAGGGCUUGCCGUAAUGCUCCUACAACUCGUCGAGGAGGCGACCUCGCAUGUGCAGGAUUUCCAGGCAUGGCAACAAUCCCGCAUGCGGACCCGAGCAGGGAAAGACAUCCCUUCUCGCUGGAUGGCACAGACUGGCUUCAAUGCCAACUCCGUGGACGCUUACCACAAAGUCCUUGGCAAUCCUGUUGGCGUUGAUCUCAUGACGGUCAAUGACACUGUGUCGGACGAUGAGGAGGAUUAUGGUGAGUUCCAGGCUGUGCGUGGUCAACACGAACAUGAGACCAUCGAGCGGAGGGCAGAUGAGAAGGUGUCGUGGUUUGACGAGUAUCAGACUGCUCGAGUGACGAAUAUGGAGGUCCGGGUAGAGCGGCAUGCUUGA